UUGAAGGUCGUUGAAGAUAUCGCGGUGCACUGUGGCGCAGACCCAGACUUUGGAGUCGACAAAUCCGGUUUGGCCCUCAGGACCCGCUCUUCGACUUUAGUGAUGAACUGUAAGCGCGAUCAGUGUCGAUCAAUGCGUAAGUCGGGUACUGUUGAGCAGUAUCAAGAGCGUGACAGGCUUCUACUCGACAUACUCACUCAAACCAAAGACUGGGAGGAAAAAGUGGCCGCUGAAAAUAGAAUUAAGGACGCCAAGCAGCAAGCAAUAGAGAGCUCCGGUGCACUGAUGCGGCUCCAGAAGCGGCCUGGAAGCGCGCAAAAAGGGAAAGUCACCAAGCGAGAGCGACUGGCUGCCGUUAUGGAGGCCCUGAUCAAACGUUUGCAGACUGCUGGUGACGAGGAUAGCGGCAAGUAUGCAUACAAAGCCCAGCGUCUGGCUUUUGAAGAAGAUCAAGCCAACAAGCAGCGCCAGCACGAAGCAGGCGAAGCCGAACGCCGCUGA